AAAAGGCUCAUUCAAAAAUGGAAUGCUUUGGUGAAACAGAAAAAGAUAAACACAAAGAGAUGGCUACUCCCAUUACGGCAGUUCCCACGCGAAAACCCUCUCUUUUGAAUCAAAGCUUCCUGAGACCAAAGGAGAGGUCACCAGAAAACGUGUCUGCUCAUAAAGUAAAAUUGCUGCGGACGAUAAAAUUAGCACUAGUAUAUUGA